UAGACAUUCAAAACUCAGUGAGAGAAGAGAAGCCAUUUAUUCCUCCAAGCUCUGUCCCUCUGUCAGCACUCUCCCUCCUCGAUCAUGGAUUCCUUUCCGGUGAAGCAGAACACGGUGGUUCCUGCACUCUCCUCCCAGUCACCGCCACCUCCAAUGUCACCCGCCACCACCACUCACCAUCAGCCAUUACCAGCUUCUGUUACUGCCCCUGCUCCUCGUGUGGUGCCUCCUCAUGAGUGUAUUUUCAGCUGCGGCCACUGCCCAAUAGUCACCACUCUCUCUCUGGCCCCCCCUCACCAGUCACCACCAUCAGCUGCUACUGUUCCUCAUGGUGCUACUGCCACCCCUCACCAGCAUGAACCAUCACCUACUGUUCUUGCUAUUUCUGCAGACAUUCCUUGUCAUGAAUCAUCUUCUGCCAUUGCUCCUACUCUUGCUGCAGACACAUAUUGUCAUGAACCAUCAUCUUCUGCCAUUGCUCCUACUCUUGCUGUGCCCACCCCUCAGCCUGCACCAUCAUCUGCAUCCACUGCUUUUGCUCUUUCUCUGAUCACCCCUCACCAGUCACCAUCAUCAGCUACUACUGCUCCUUCUGCUGCUGCUGCUGCUACUGCAACCCCUCACCAUGAACGAUCUAUUGUUCUAGCUCUUUCUGCAGACCCACAUUGUCAUGAACCAUCAUAUUCUGCCAUUGCUCCUACUGUUCUUGCUCUUUCUGAAGACACACCUUGUCAUGAACCAUCAUCUUCUGCCAUUGCUCCUACUCUUCCUGUGUCCACCCCUCAACCUGCACCAUCAUCUGCAGAUACUGCUCGAGCUCUUCGUUUGCCUGUGCCGGACUACAAGAGUAGUUUGAAUACGUUUGUCCAAAAGAAAAACAUCUCAUUACCUCAGUUUCAAACUGUUAAUGAGGGACUUGGGCAUGUUCCAAGGUUUCGAUCAACAGUGUUGGUGGAUAAUAUCUGUUUUACUUCCCAAACCACUUUCUCUCAUCGGAAAGCUGCUGAGCAAGAUGUCUCAAGAGUUGCUUUGGAGGGUCUGUAUGCAAGAUAUGCUGAGCAAGAUGCCUCUAGAACUAGAGAUAUUGGAAACUUGCUUCGUUUGGAGAAUACUCCAAAUUCUAAGAGCAUCUUGAAUGAAUAUGCUCUUAAGAUGAAGGUAGGAAUGCCUACUUACAACACUAGAAACAUAGAAGGGCUGCCUCAUCUUUUCCAGUCAUCUGUGGUUUUCAAUGGUACAAAUUACAGGGGUGAUACUGCUAGAAAUAAAAAAGAUGCUGAGCAGUUAGCAGCACGUGCUGCUAUUAUUUCAAUUCUAGGUGAUUCUAGAUCAGGAACACUUUACGAGAUUGUGAAGUCAAAAUCAAAAGUUUUUGCUGCAGUUCGACCAGACUCAUCUCAAUGUAUUGAGGCUAGUACUGUUCCUGACUUAGCAAACACAGGGGAAACCUCUCUUUCAAUGGAUUGUAGAGAUAAGGAGGUUGUACCAUCUGUGGAACAAUCUAUUGAGGAUGGUUCAAGAUCAAAAAAGCGACGAAAGAAUGAGGAGGACAUAUUGGAACCUCGGUACCAAUUUUUUGAAUUCCUCUGAAUGACACUCCUCUUUAUUGAGUGGUCCAGAAACCAUGUGGUUCUGUGAUAUUUUUGGUUUGUAGGUCCUUCGAGGCUCUCUGGAUUGAAGUGUUGAUCUAUAUUUGAAAGCAUUUACCGUUUAUUUUUAUUUAUCCCUUUUAAAAUCACAGAAGACGUAUUGCCACCGAUGAAAAGUCCUCAUAUACAUUACUGAAAGCACAAGUCACCUACGGAUGCGGCUUUUGAAAUGUUGGGAAAUUUCAGAUAAGCGAUUGAGGGAGGUUUUGAAGAAGCUUCCAUCGUUGGAGGAGUUUGAAAUUUCAUUCAGCCACCUGUUACCGACUAAGGACAAAUGUUGGACUUACAUCGUUGGACUUUUGGACAAAUGUUGUGUACAUUUGAAAGUGCUGAAAUUUAACAUGAAGGAACAGAAAAGCUCAAAUAUGAUGGUGAGGCAUUUGCUAUUGCAAAAACCAUGCCUCAACUAUGUCAUUUCCAACUUUUGGGAAACAGGCUCAUCAAUGAAUAAUGAAGGCUUGCUUUCCAUUCUUGACGGAUGUCCUCAUCUUGAAUCUCUUGAUCUGCAUGCUCGUUCUAAUGUUGACUUGAGCCGAAGUUUGAAGGAAAGGUGUUGAGCAGAUCUUACAUUUUCCAAGAGACUUGAGUGAAGUUUCCAUCUACAUUGAAGAUGAACAGGAAUGAUGAUUAUUAUGAAUGUGACUGUGGAUGUGACUAUGACCGGGGCAACGAAGCGGGCAUAUGAAGCAUAUCUUGUGGUUGACUACCUUGGUCUAUUAUGAUUCAUGUCUUAGUUAAGUUUUCUUUUUUUGAAAGACAUGUAUUAGUUAAGUGAUCCUAUGUUCUUUAUGGAUAUGUUGAUCACAUACUUAUGUAGUCUAUUAAUGGUAGUUCUUUUAAAUGCCAUGGUUCUUUUACUUAUCUAGUUUCCUAGUAUUCAAAUAUGAGUGGUUCACAUACUUUGUUGAGAUUGCUUAAGUAUUUUGCUUUUGUUGUCGAAUCUCUUUGGUUUUCAAUGUUAUUUAAUGUUUUGAGGUUCUGCAUUUUUCCUUUUUCAAGCAUUGUGCUAAUGCAGUUACUUAUUCCAUAAGGAAUUUGGAUCGGGGAAAUCAUUCAGACAAUCAUGGAGUUUGAGCCAUUAGAUCAAAUCUUUCAGUCCUUUGUGUUCACAAUCUGGUCUACUGUGAAUUUUGAAUCAAUUUAUAUAGACCUGUUAUGCAGGACCUAGAUCAAUUAUGCUUGACCUAGAUCAUUUGUUUAAUCUUUACUUCUUUAGUCUGGCUGUGGUUUAUUCAAAACAAUGUCAACUGAUUCAUGACUUAGUGUGUGUUUAGAUUGAAAAAAAUGUAAGCUUUAUGUGCAUUGGAAUUGAAAUUUCCACUUUCCCAGACACAUAUUGUGAAAGGCUUGAUGAUCCAAACUUCUGUUUAUGUUGAAAGUAACUUAACUGCUACAAAAAAGAGUCUUGGUUUUGAUGUUAACUAAAUCGGUUUCCUACUUCAUGGCUACAAUAUGAUCUCAACUUCGGAUAUGAUACCAACCUUCUAACCAUUAUCUCUGAGUGGCCAAAUAAUUUUAAACAACUGUUAGUUUAUCAGAAAACGUAUCGUACACUCACCAGGACUUUUCAACUUCAAAGCGCUUAGGUGCCACUUUUAUU